GGUCACGGAGAUCAAAACCAAUAUAUUUGUCACAAGCUUUGGCCCAGUUUCAGAUACUGAAAUGGAAUACACCAUUGAUGUGUUUUUCCGACAAAGCUGGAAAGACGAGCGCCUGUGUUUCAAAGGACCCAUGGAGAUGCUKCCUCUGAACAACCUCCUGGCCAGUAACAUCUGGACCCCAGACACAUUCUUCCUCAACGGGAAAAAGUCUAUCGCCCACAACAUGACCACGCCCAACAAGCUACUGAGACUGAAGGAUGACGGAACGCUGCUCUACACUAUGAGGUUAACCAUAUCGGCGGAGUGUCCCAUGCAGUUGGAGGACUUCCCAAUGGAUGCUCAUGCUUGCCCUUUGAAGUUUGGAAGCUAUGCCUAUCCAGUCUCUGAGGUGGUGUACCUCUGGCAAACCGGUGCUGCCAAGUCUGUAGUGGUGGCAGAAGACGGAUCCCGUCUCAACCAGUACCACCUGAUCGGCCAGACUGCAGGCUCUGAGGACAUCUACACYAGUCGAGGACAGUACACCGUCAUGAUGUGUCACUUCUACCUGAAGAGGAAGAUUGGUUACUUUGUCAUUCAGACCUACAUGCCCUGCUUCAUGACCGUGAUCCUGUCCCAGGUGUCCUUCUGGCUCAACCGUGAAUCUGUACCAGCCAGGACCGUCUUUGGUGUCACUACAGUGCUGACUAUGACUACUCUCAGUAUCAGCGCUCGCAACUCGCUGCCUAAGGUGGCCUACGCCACAGCCAUGGAUUGGUUCAUCGCUGUGUGCUAUGCGUUCGUCUUCUCCGCACUUAUCGAGUUUGCCACCGUCAACUAUUUCACCAAGAGGAGCUGGGCGUGGGAUGGCAAGAAGGCCAUGGAGGCUCAGCACCCAAAGAAAAGGGACCCUAUGGUGCUUUCUAAGAAGCCCAACAACGUCUGUACAGCARGAGURAACUACACCCCCAACAUCACUAAGGAUAUCUCUAUCUCCACCAUCUCCAACAGCACCUCCAUACAACUAAGAUCRUCUGAAACAGAAGUMCUGGACCCCAAGAAAACCUACAACAGCGUGAGCAAAAUCGACAAAAUGUCCCGGAUAGUUUUCCCUGUCCUAUUUGGAACCUUUAACCUMGUGUACUGGGCUACUUACCUCAACAGAGAACCGGUCAUCAAAGGAGUCAACAUAUUGGCUCCAACAUAGUGUCUUUGUCAAACACACGACCCUACCUUCAACCAUAUUGGCCUACAAGCUGCUGAAGAAAAUUAUACUGUGUCACAAAGGAUGGGAGAUGUCAUGGGUUCUGUCUUUCUCAUACUGUCAUUUGCAUGAAGCUUUUAGAGAGAUACUCUAACCAUGUUUGCCUUAAUAUUCCCUCUUUAUAYCUACUGUACAUUGCUUUAAUUCAACAAUGACAUUUUGAAAGUGAAAAUCAAUGACAUUUUGAAAGUGAAACUCRACAAGGACAUUUUGAAAUGCUGCAGUGUGGACAUUUGUCCUGGCCUCAAAUUAAUUGAAAACGGUCAAUGGCAUUUAUGUUGUUGUUUAUAACCCUGUCAUCUUGAAGAAUAAGAGACUGAGAAACACAUGCUGUGUUAGUAAUAUGAAGUAAGAUAGCGGAAGCUAGGAUGGUAAGGAAAGUGGCGAAUAAUGAUUUUCAGUGUCAUUUCCAGUCAAUUUGUAAAGUUUGUAUAAUACUGCGGACAAAUCUCUCUUAUCUCUAUUGGAUACAUAUGUUGUUAUACUUUUGUCAUUUUUGCCCAUCUCACAUGUACUGUUUGUACAAUUUAAAAUGUUACUAUUUCUUACCUCUAUCUAUAUAAUGUACAGAUUAAUAAUUUUUUGACAAACUUGGCUCUAACUGUGGAGACAGAGGCCAAAUAAGCUAGCAAGAUACAACGCUGUGAUGUAAUUGAGGAUACAGUCUAAUCAACCUAGGUGAAAGUGCACAGUGGGAAAAUUCUAAUCAUUACCAAGUUAUAAAAUGGUUGGUUGAUAAGGUCUGACUUUUUCAAUUGCAAUGAAAGCGUUUUCCCUCAGCUAGAGGGAGYGGAUGCCGACUUAGAAGUGUUGAGCUGCCCUUUGUUGUGAAAGGUUGAACUCAUAUACUGUAAAAGGAUCCGUUUUCAGGGUCGUGUUCCUUGGGCAUCAAAUGGGGAAAAACGGACUGAAACAGGGAUGGACUUCCUGSAUUUGUUCAAUAAGAAACACUUGUUUCAUUUACCGUUUCAAAACAUUUUGCCAUAGUUUGCCCUACUGAACACAGCCCUUCUACACUGCUGUCCUAUCCUCAUUGUGUCAUGACUAGAUUGGCCCCAGUCCCUGAAGUCCGCUAGGAUUUAAUUAGCCUGGGAUAAUGAGCUUGUACCUGUUAAACACUCUAUCUGAUAUGGCCCCUGGAGAGAGAACCAACCACAUGGGACUGACCACCCACCCUCACCCCAGGCCCAGAGCGCUUUGUUCAGGGUACGGAAAGGAGAGCAUGUGGGUAGGGCUCUGGGGCAUGGUGCCUCUGUGGUAACACCUACUUUCUUGUUACAGACUCAAGAGAUCGAGAUACGGUAUCUUUUUUUUAAAGAGAGAAAGAAGAAUAAUGGAURAAACAWGAAAKAAUAMGUUUGUGCUUCAAGGYCACCGUACUGGAGAGAAAAAAGAAUCCCCACUUCAGUAAAAGAUGGAGAUACAGCCUAUAUGAAACAAGCUGUUCCUGAGAAUCAUAUAAACUCGUUGACACAGCAUGUACAGAGAGAAAAUAAUGGAUAAUUAUGGAUAUGAUGAUGGAUAAUAUUAGUGACUGAUGGAUACUUUAAAUGUCACUGACUUUACAGUUCUCAUUAAAGUAUCAUGUUGUAGAUAACACAAUAACUGUACAUGCAUUAUUAUUAAUUAUUUUAUAUUCAAAUCUCCUAGGCAACAAAGACAUUCUUCAUGUAUAUAGAGACAGUGACUAAAAUACCUCUUUAUUUGUAUGUCUCUAUGUGACAUCUUGUGUUAAAGGAAUAAUCCACAAAAAAAACGUGUAUGUCAUUUUUUCAUUAGUCCACAUUUGAUACAGUUCCAAAAUUGUUUUGCAUGUCAGCAAUCAUGUUUUCAAGAUAAAGGACUA